AUGGAACAAAUUCGUAGUCGUAAUUUACGUCAAAUAUUUCAAAAUAAAUAUGUAGUUUUUAUGGGUGAUUCAAAUAUGCGUUCGAUUUAUAAAGAUUUUAUUCUUCUUUUACAAGAAGAUAGACUAAUGAGUGAUCUAGAGCGAAAAUUCGGUGGAAAUAAAGAUAGAAUUUUUGGUGAUAUUUUACUUGAAGGUGGAGUUUAUAAGAGUUUAUCAAGUAGAAUUGAAUAUGAAGAAAAACGUAUAUUCUUGGCGAAUAUUUUUCUUGUGAAAUUCUUUUUUCUAACUCGAUGUCGAAAUGAUGUUACAGCUCGAGUAUUUGAAGAAUUUAGAAAAGAUCCCGAAAAACCAGAUCUUGUUAUUAUCAAUAGUACUCUAUGGGAUAUAAGUCGAUAUGGACAAAAUGGUGAAACUGAUUUUAAAACUAAUCUUCCACAAUGUUUCGAUGAAUUACGUGCGGCUACAUCACCAACAACAAUUAUUUUAUGGCUUACUGCUCUUCCUAUAUCAGCUGAACCGAAUGCAAUUGUAUUCGAUGAACAAUAUCGACCGGAAAAUAAAUAUUGGCGAACACAAUUUCUUCAUAUAAAUUCAUUUUCUGCUGAAUUAGCUAAAAAGAAAAAUUGUGAAGUAUUAGAUGUACAUUAUUUAUUUCGUGAACUACCAGAAUUACGAGGUACAGAUGGAUGUCAUUGGACUUCUAUAGGUUAUCGUGCCGUAACAUCUUAUCUUACGCAACUUGUAUCUCUUAUUUGGCAUGUACCUUAUAUAGAUCGUAAUGUUAUUGAAGCUAAAGAACGUGAAUUUCAUGGAGUAUGUCAUAGAAAAAUUAAGGAAGAAAAUGAACAUGUAAUAGUAAACAGUCUUAUUGGAGCAAAUACUACUGGAACAACUGAUUUUGAUUUGAAUACAUAUCUUACUAAUCAUGUACCAAUUAGAAGUGAAACUCAAAAUGUAGUAAAUCCAGAUAGAGUUAGUGCUAUGAUUGGACAAAUGAAUGAUACAGAUCGACGUAUUCUUACUCUUAUGGAUUAUUAUGAAAAACCUAAGAAAUAA